AUGAUAGAGCUGAUGGAGUAUUUGUUGAGUAGACUUUCUGUGCAGGAGAUGGAGUUGUUCUUAGUUCAGGUGUGGAUAAUUUGGAAUCAACGAAACAAGUUGCUGCAUGGGGGAAAGUUUCAAGAUCCAAACAUGUUAUGCAGGAGAGCUGUGGAGUACCUGGAGGAAUUUCGGAAUUCUCAAGGAAAUUUGCGUGUUGAUGGUGUGGUGCAUUCAGUUGGUGACGUGUGGAAACCACCUCCAACUUUGGUUUUCAAAUUAAAUUUUGAUGCAGCAGUGUUUUUGGAAGCUAAACAGACUGGAUUUGGUGCCAUUAUACGAAAUGAUAAGGGUGAGGUUAUGGCAGCGAUGUCAGCAGGAGGACCACCAAUGAGUAGCAGCGAAGAAGCGGAGCUGUUAACGUGCAGGAAGGCAGUAGAGUUUGCCACUGAUGCUGGCUUUACUGAGCUUGUGAUCGAAUGA